UUGCGGGAGGGGCGAGGCUGGAAAAGGCCUCCGUUCCGAUAGACCAGGAGGGAAGUGGGUCGUGCCACCUCAUGGCCGUGGACAGGCCGGGGAACUCGGUGCCACAGAAUUUGCCUACGACGGCGGGCGGGAGAUACAGGGGCAGUAGUUUCACCCGUUCCUCACGUUACUGGGCGCGUUACUUUAAAGGCUUUUAGCACAGUCUCUCUAGUUCUUCGUAGUGCAUUUUUCGGCCUGAGGCAGAGUGGCAACGGGGCACCUCAUCCCCAGAUCGACGAGCAAAGUCUCUGAAGUCAGUCGCGUCAUUUCGCGGGUCAGGCCAGGAAUGAUUUUUAGAAUAUGUCUUCUAUACAAGAAGUGAGUCGACCAGUUCGGAAGCAGAGUUCUCAGAAGAAAGUUUCUAUCCUUGCUUCCCUCGAUGACAGCUUAAGUGACAUGUCAACAAGAGGACUAACGGUUCCUAGAACUCCAGGACUAUUUCCUCACUCUUAUACCCCACAGACUCUGAGUUCCACAAAACAGCCAAACACGUCUGCCAUCCUGGGCACAGGAGGAAAAUCUCCGUACUUUGUGCAUACUCCUGGGCACCUUGGAAAUGUGUCUAUGUUAGAUGAAAGUGACUGGACAACUGCACUCACCCCUCCACGUUCAGUCAUGUUCACAAACUUAGAUUACAGUGCAACAGAAGAUGUCACAAAGAGUGCCGUUCUGCUGAAUGAGGAUGAUCCUGGGGAAGCAGCUACUCGAGGCAUGUACUCUGAUUUUCUGCAUUCUUUGUUAAAGCACAGUUCAAAUACUGUGUUUGAACUUAUAGAUGAAUAUGAAGACAUUUGCAGUAGCCAGGUAAACAUUCUUCAAAAAAUAGUGUACCGAGCAACUCCUGGACAGCAGAAAUUUUCAAAAACUGCUAGUGUGUUGUGGCUUCUUAAGCAAGAGAUGGUAACAUGGAGACUGUUGUCCUCAGUUUACAGGGAUAGGAUACAAUCUGCUCUGGAAGAUGAAGCCAUGUUUGAUAUUGUGGUUAUAAAUGCUAGUGAAAAGACUGUUGUAAACAACUUGUUCCAGAGAGAUUCAUUGGUUCGACAAAGUCAGUUAGUGGUAGACUGGCUAGAGAGUAUUGCCAAGGAUGAAAUUGGAGACUUCUCUGAUAAUAUUGAAUUUUAUGCAAAGUCUGUGUAUUGGGAGAACACUCUGCACAUCCUGAAGCAACGACAAUUAAACACAUUUGCUGGGAGCUCACGGCCACUAGUGACUGAAUUAGACCCAGAUGCUCCAAUAAGGCAGAAAUUGCCACUUGAUGAUUUGGAUCAGGAAGAUGAUGCACGGUUGCUUAAGUUCCUUUUCACUCUUAUUAGAGCUGGAAUGACAGAUGAGGCUCAGCGACUGUGUAAAAGAUGUGGACAAGCUUGGAGAGCUGCAACUCUUGAAGGGUGGAAGCUGUACCAUGAUCCUAAUGUGAAUGGAGGGACUGAACUGGAGCCAGUUGAAGGAAAUCCAUACAGAUGUAUUUGGAAAAUAAGUUGUUGGCGACUGGCAGAAAAGGAGCAGUUUGACAAGUAUGAGAGAGCAAUCUAUGCAGCACUGUGUGGAAAUCUAAAACAGCUUCUUCCAGUUUGCGACACCUGGGAGGAUGCAGUUUGGGCUUAUUUCAGGGUCAUGGUGGACACCCUUGUUGAACAGGAAAUCCAUUCCUCAGUGAUGACCACAGAAGAGACAGAAGAACUCCCUAGAGAGUAUUUAGAAACAAACUGGACUUUGGAAAAGGUAUUUGACGACCUUCAAGCAACAGACAAAAAGAGAGUUUUGGAAGAGAACCAAGAACAUUAUCAUGUGAUCCAAAAAUUUGUUAUCUUGGGAGAUGUGGAUGGUUUGAUGGAGGAAUUUAACAAAUGGCUUUCCAAAGCGAGAAAUACACUCCCAGGUCACCUGCUUCGGUUCAUGACUCAUCUCAUUCUGUUUUUCCGUACUUUGGGGCUACAAACCAAAGACAAAGUGUCCAUUGAUGUUUUGAAAACCUACAUUCAGCAGCUGAUAUGUGAGAAGCACACUGAUCUUCUAGCAUUUUAUGUCAGCCACUUGCCUCAAGAAGUAGCGAUUGCACAAUAUGCAAUGUUUUUGGAAGAUGUCACUGAGACUGAGCAACGACACCAUUGCCUGGAGCUAGCAAAGGAGGCAGGUCUGGAUGUUGCAACAAUAACAAAAACUGUUGUUGAAAAUAUUCGCAAAAAAGAUUCUGGCGAGUUCACUCACCAUGAUCUUGCAAUAGAUACAGGGACAACAGAGGAUGAUCGCUUGAAGAUUGAUGUCAUUGACUGGCUGGUAUUUGAUCCUGCACAAAGAGCUGAAGCACUUAAGCAGAGCAACGCUAUCAUGAGGAAAUUCUUGGCUUCUAAAAAAUACGAAGCAGCCAAAGAUGUUUUUAUAAAGAUCCCGCAAGACUCUAUUGCAGAAAUAUACAAUCAGUGGGAAGAGCAAGGCAUGGAUAGUCCACUUCCAGCUGAAGAUGACAAUGCCAUUAGAGAACAUUUGUGUAUUAGAGCAUACCUGGAAGCCCAUGAAGCUUUCAGUGAGUGGUUUCGGCACAUGAACUCAAUGCCACAGAAGCCUGGUCAGCCUGGACAAGGAAGUUUCACUGAAAAGGUAGCCCAUGAACUUAAAGAAAAGAAAUAUGAGGUAGACUACGGUAUUUGGAAGGGUCUUUUGGAUGCCCUCACAGCUGAUGUGAAAGAAAAAAUGUACAAUGUCUUGCUAUUUGUUGACGGAGGAUGGAUGGUUGAUGUCAGAGAGGAUGCUGAAGAGGACCCUGAACGUACUCAUCAGAUGUUCAUGCUGAGAAAACUCUGUUUGCCAGUGAUGUGCUUCCUCCUUCAUACAGUAUUGCACAGCACAGGACAGUACCAGGAAGACCUGAGGCUUGCUGACUUGAUCGCAUCAGACCGGCAUAAACUCUACACGGUAUUUUCUAAGGAAGAACUCCGGAAGUUGCUACAGAAGUUGAGAGAGUCUUCUCUUAUGCUUUUGGAUCAGGGUCUUGAUCCUCUUGGAUAUGAAAUUCAGUCUUAAUCUUAGCUAUGUUGUUUCACUCACGUGAAAUAAUAAAGUUGGAUCCAAUAGCUUUUCUUCUUCCAGCAAAUGGAAGGAAGGAAGCCAUUCAAUUCAGCCCACAAUGUUUGGUCUGGAAUUAUAUUAAAGAUAUUACAGUGUAGUGAUGCUAGUAAAUUGAACUUUUGUAUAUGUGAAUGACAGCUGUUCAGAUAUAAUUUUGUAUUUUUUUUCAAUAAAAUUGCAUAUGGUUGGUG